GUUAUAUACUUUAUUACUGGACUACUAUAUACUGUAUUGGACUAGAAUAUACCAUACUACACAACCAUGUCUACUUAUCGUCCUAGAAGAGCAGUGGCUUCAACUGUUAAUACUCCUACAUCUAUUCAUAUUAAUGGUGUAAGUGCUAUAGAUAAUAGUGAAGCUGAAUCCAUUAUAACUGAAUUCAUAUCUGCCAGUGAAGCUAGUGCAAGUUCUGUUCCAGGAUUAACUGAUAAGAAUUCAGAUACUGAUAAUUCAACAGGAAUGUCAAAUAAUGUCGGAGGUAAUGCUGUAUUAAGUCAAUUACUGAGAGUGCAAAGAGAUUUAAGAGGGUUACCACCAUUAGUGGCAGAAAAUUAUGGUAAUAAUGCUACCACCACUAAACCAACUGAAUCCAAUACCAUUAAGACCGAGGCUGUCAAUAAGAAGAUUGUAUUUGAUGAUUAAACCAUUAAUAGACUGUAUAAUCUGUGUAUAAUAACCGUAAUAUAUAAUUAAUUAAUUUCGAUAAAUCCACGUGAUACGCAAAACGUGAUACGUCACAUGCCGCAUCACAUGACACACACGUCCCCCAUAUAGAUGCAUUUGUUUACAUUUCAAAUAUCAUCAA